AUGGUGUUUUCCGACGAAGGAGCGUUCAAUUUCUGCGUCCUGGCCAUCUACCUGAUCACGCCGCCGACCGUCGUGUCCCUCCUCUUCCUCACCGCCCCGUACGGAAAGCACAACCGUCCCGGAUGGGGCCCCGCCAUUACGCCGCCGCUGGCCUGGUUCCUCAUGGAGAGCCCCACCUUAUGGCUCACUUUCCUCCUCUUCCCCCAUGGCAGAAACUACCACAAUCCUCGGGCGCUGAUUCUCAUGUCGCCGUUCCUCAUCCAUUACACCCACCGGACGAUCGUCUACCCUUUCCGGCUCUUCCUAGGGCCAAAUAAAUCAGGCUUUCCGGUGAGCGUGGCCGUGAUGGCGUUUGGGUUUAAUUUGUUGAACGGUUAUUUGCAGGCGAGGUGGGUGUCGGAAUAUGCCGAUCUGGAGGGCGAUGAGUGGUUCUGGUGGCGAUUGGGUGUAGGGGCGGCGAUCUUCGGCUGCGGGAUGGCGGCGAAUGUGUGGUCGGACAAUUUAUUGAUAGGCCUUAAAGCUCUCGGCGGCGGGUAUAAAAUACCCAGAGGUGGGCUUUUUGAAUGGGUCACCUGCCCAAAUUAUUUAGGGGAGAUUUUGGAGUGGUUGGGCUGGGCCGUCAUGACUUGGUCUUGGGCCGGAAUCGGGUUCUUCGUGUACACGUGCGCCAAUCUGGUGCCGCGUGCUGGGGCCAGCCACAAGUGGUAUUUGGAUAAGUUCGGAGAGGAUUAUCCAAAAAGCAGAAAAGCCGUCAUCCCAUUUCUCUACUGA